UACAACCAGCGCAGUUAGUUCAGCUAUUCGCAGAGGAUAUUGACACAAAUUUCACGUUUCUAGUAUUGGAUUCGACCUUUUCUGCAAUGUGAUACAAAAAGAACAUUAUAAUUUCAGGUGAAGUAGGAAGUACCCUUUGAAGAUGAAGAAUUUCAAGCUUUGGGUCCAUCAAAAGGCAUUUAGUGAGAAUGAAUUACUGAUCAACCCCAAAGAGUUCCCUGAUGUAAAGAUAGGUGACAUCUUGGAAAUAUAUCAUCCAGACGAAGAGAAUAGUCAUCUGCUUUUACAAGUCAAAUCCUUCAAAGAUGAGCUUCAACCGAACAGUAAAGAAAUAAUAAGUGUGGAACAAGGAGUGGCAUCGCUGUUUCAGCUGAGGGCUUACAAGAAUGUGAAGGUCACCAAGGUCCAGUCAGGAGAUGUAGCGCUAGACCUGGUGGAAUUGGUCUUCAAGGACCAGUACAUCAGCAGGAGUGACAUGUGGAGACUCAAGAACAGUCUGGUGGACAGCUGUAUUCACAUGCAACAAAAGUUGGAGCUGAGUGGAAUACGUGCUCAGGUCCAGGAACUUUGGUCACGUUGGGAGAGGGUGUCAUGUGGAGCCAUCACCAAUGAUACAAGAGUUGCCUUUAGAUCAGCUACAGCCAUGGUGUAUCUCUUCAUUCAGAUGAGUUCAGAGAUGUGGGACUUUGAUACAUGUGGAGAUCUGUAUUGGGAAAAGGCUGUAGGUGGAUUCCUGACUGACCUCUUCAACAAAUGGAAGGAUAAAGGAGUCAACAAUGAGGUUACUGUGGUUCUCUUCUCUCGUACAUUCUUCAAAGCAAAAUCACUUGCCCAGUUUCCCAAGUGGAUGAGAGACAAUGUUAAAGUGGACUACGUUGGCCGGUUCUACCAGGAUUUCUACCGUGCCGUUGUCCAUCAUGAGAGACGAGAUGAAUGGCAUGGUCUACUCCAGACCCUCAAGGCUCACUUUAUCCUCUACCUGAAAGAAGUCUUAUGUGAAACCCAAGAAGGUGGAUCAAUACCUUUGGGGUAUAAUUCAUCAGCUGCUGAGGGGAACUUCUUGGAAACUCUAAACAUGACUCUCAAUGUGUUUGACAAGCACUACGUUGACCGUAACUUUGAGCGGACGGGACAGCUUGUGGUGUUAUUAACACCGGGAGCUGGAGUGUUUGAUGUCGACAGGGAAAUGUGCAAGAUCACCAGACAGAGAAUGAUCGAUAACGGUAUUGGCAGUGAUCUGGUAUGUCUCGCUGAGCAGCCUCUCCAUGCAGUGCCUCUGUUUAGGUUCCAUAAUAAAACCAUGGAUGUGGGUAUCCAUGGAGGUGAUUAUAACAUCCCUCAUUGGCUCAACUACAGCUUCUACACCAAAGAAGAUGCACAUGGAAAUAGUGAGAAAUUUAAACCAAGGAUCAAGCUAGCAGAGAGGGUUUACACGUCUCAAGCUGGAAACCCCCUUCCUACACUGGUCAAGGAAUGUCCGCAGACCAUGAGCAGACAUGCCCUGUUACGUCACAUCUCGUCGGACCACUCCCUUUCCAAGCAGGACGAUAUUGAUUACCAGUGCGAGGAGUAUGAUGAUGCAGUCUUUGGUUUCCUCAGCGGCAAGUCGCCCAAACCAAGGACACCUGCAACAAUGCGUCCAUCAUCAGGAGGUCAGAAUCGUCAACGGCAAACUCCAUCAAUUGGUCAGUUAAUUCUAGACAAAGAAGGAUCACCCCAGAACAAAUGGACCAAGGCAGACUUCAAAGAUCCAAGUAGGAGGGGUAGCUCUCCAGGAACCAGGCAUGGAAGCUACCAUUCAGAUGAUGGGGAUGUUGCAAUAGCCAUUCCAGGGAGGGGCAAUAAAGCCAAUCCUCUUGCCAGAAUACAAAGAGAAGCCAAAGUUGUUAGCCAUAGUUUUGAAGGAAGACGUAGAGAGUCUUCAGAGAGCCAUGCGGCUUCCAUCUCUCCUAAAGGUGUUGUCGUGGGCAGUGCUGGGGCUACUACCACCACCCAUAUCAACCACACCGGUCAGGCUCAGCCAAAGGCAUUGGUCAAUCCAUUCGGGACAUCAAGUUUAGUGGUCAAAUUGACCUCUAAUAGACGAAGAUGGACACACACCUUCCCUCAGGGCCCAAGUGGGGGCGCCAUACAAACCCACCAUCGUAACCAGAUCAACCCGUCCUACUACUUCUCCCAUUACUAUCCAUCCAACUCAUACACCCGCCACCGAAACUCCAGCACCCUUGGCUCCUCCCCUUCCAGCCCCCAUUACCCCUGGGCUGGUCCUGUCAUCAAUGGCGGUGGGUCACGUACCCCUACCGAUGGUAACGAGAGACCGUUGUUACCCCAUAGUUCCAGUGAGAAUCGACUGCGCCCAUCAGCCAGUGGGAGCAGCCUCUUCAGCGCUGGUUCAUCUCCGAGUACGGAUACCGUGUUGCAGAGGCCAGGUAGUGCAGGCACCCGAGGUCUGUUUGAUGGACCGAGCUCCUUGGAUCACGCCAUGCAGCAUCAUCCUUCCCUAAGAAGACUCAACUUACUAUGGAGUUAUACAGGGGAUCAAGAAUGGACCCCUUACACCCUGACAGGUGUUGACUGGAAGUCCUUGACUGCCACAGCCUGUCUGCCCAUAUCAACUGAUUUCUAUCCUGACAGGUUGUCAUUGGAAAAGGACUUCCUGGAGUUCAACUAUGAACUCUUAGCGGAGGAGGACAUCAUUGGUCCUUUUAUGACAGUGGAAGCCAUCUUCCAGGAGCUCAUAUCGCAAAGGCUUCUGCAAGGUUUUCAGUUGGUUGUACUUCCAAGCCUAGAUUUGUCAUCUGUUAUCCGGAGUCAACGUCAUCCUCCAUUGAUCACUAACCCAGAUAAGAAGGAGUAUGUUUUGAGUAUUGGUCGUAUCUUCCACAAGCUAUGCCUUCAUUCUGAAAGGAAGACAAUAUCAGUCACCAUCUAUAAACCAAGGCAUCCAUCACUGUGUGAACCCAUCCAGUAUACCUAUCAGCUAUGGUCUGUACAGAACGAAGGUUAUUCGCCGAUUCAAACCACUUUCAGACAUGAAGAGAUUGAGAGAUACAACUGGAACUAUCUUGAUAACUACAUCUCAUCACAUGAUAGUGAAUUCUCAUUGGUAGAUUCACUGAAAUUCUGGAGAAGCCGGUUUUUGCUGAUCCCCAACACUCCUGUGCUGGUGAAGCGAUUUGCAGAUGAGCACGGGAUCAGCGCAACUGAGGCAGCAUCGUGCGAGAAGGACCAUGCCUUCAGGCAAUACCAGACCGAUGCGUUCUUGAGAUUUGUAGAGAUCUUGAAUGGGAUCCGCAGACAGACAAGUACGUCCAGAGGUCCAAAGGCAUCAUCUGGACGGCAGACUCCCAUCUCAGGUGACCUGAUACACCCUGGGAGUAGAUCCUCUCCUGGACCGGAUAGACAGAGGCACACCAGUGGGACCGGUAGUCCUGCUCCCCAUCCUCCUAAUACACCUGCUGCUACUACUAUAACUGAUGAACCACUUUCACUCUGCACACCAUUGCAAGUCAUUGCUAAAGCUAUGGCUGAUCAAAGUAAAGGGUUGAGGUUCAUCGCCCCUGGACAGAAGGGGAUUCCCCCCCAAUUGCUUCAUGUCAGGCGAGGCUAUGACCUGGGUUCAAAGGUCGUUGAAUGCAACGGUCAGAUCAUGCCAAGAGGAUGCAAUAUGUCAGAGAAUCGGUUGAUCCAGCAUGCGUCAGGCUUCCCUCACAUUCCCUUCAUCCACGGUUUCUACGUUUACUGCUUGGUGCUUCCGGAGAAUGUACCUCCCAUGACUGAUGCAACCAAAUCGCAUUCAUGGUGUGAUUACAUCCCCCAGCUUCCAGUCAACACAGACUUCCCUAGUCACUGGUUCGAGGUUGCCGUGAUGGAAGAGUUGUCAUGGAAACAGAAAUCUACUGAAACGAGUUCCAGUGUUGUCGAGGACUUCCACCCUGUAUCACCUUGGGCCAUGCGUGAGAUGUCAGGAGGUACACCUGGCUUUGGAUCUAUGCCUGCUAGUAGCAGAGCUUUCAAGCCGCCAGAGAUCAAGAACGUUAUGCUGGAGAUUGACUGCAAUAAGACUGAUCGUGUGGAGUGGUGUCAUGUGACGUACGAUGGCCAAUACACAGUCGAUAGGGCAUUUGACCUCCAGGUCGAGUGGCUAGUCUGUACACCCAGCCUCUUGAAUGAAAUGCUCCAAGGAUGGUCAAGAAAAGCCAACACCUUUGGGUUCCACCUGGUCCCCGCCCCCACUGACCCCUUCCACCAGCAUCCUGAGUUUGCCAACCCCCUACGAUGCCCCCUCUUCAUACCCCUGGACAUCCAGUCCUUGAAGGAGGACGUUCACAGGAGGCACGCGGGCGGGGAGGAGGUCCUCGAGGCGGAUGGGAUUGCCGACGGUGGAUGCAUGCUUGGUCUGGAGCCUGGUAACAAGGCUAUUGAUCUCUUCCAAGAGCUCAUCAUGAACAAGUUUGGUUUCAUCUUAAUCCGAGAUAAGAACCAGGAUACGUUCGAUGGCUUUGGUUUUCAUGCCAGUAGGCGUGGUCGCCCGAUGGAAUACAUCCACAAAUCAGGGGUGUGUUUCGUUUCCCUCAUCAACUCUCCAGACGACACUCCCAUCGUCCCAAGCAUUACCCCGUCCGGCCAGGGUCGAAGCUCUCCCUGCGAGGUCGUAAAGGCUCCUCGACGGAGGAAGUCUAGCGGCGGUAUCCCCAUCAUGGUCGGGCGCGAUAGCAGCUUCGACAUCGUCGAUACCUUGGAUGAUGAUGAACCCGACGUGACUUUUGUGGAGGAGAGGAGGAAGAUGCGGAGCGGAAGCAUCAGGGAAGUUCGUGAGAAGCACAUGGAUGGGCAGUUCAAUAACGUUGGGUUUCUGUGGUCCAUGAACCAUACGCUGACCAAGAGAUGGCGCUGCAGUGCUUGCGGCGAUGAGAAGGUGUAUGAUAGUAUCAUGAAAGAGGUCAUUAGUAUAAGUCGCAAUGUGGAUGGCAAGCUGACUGAUUUCUGGCUUGAGAAUACAGAGAACCUGUCAUUUUGAUCCUCUCUGUUUUGAAAUGUCUAUAUCUUGAGUACAGGCAAACAUAUGGACGAUAUGUUUGAAAUGUAUUCUGCGAUGCCAUAGAACAAUGUGCAAGGCCUGUCUUGAGCAUGAAAUUUUAUGCAUUGAGGUUCUUGCUCAUUUCCAAAUCUCUUUCUUGCACCUUUGUGGCAACAAGACCCCAUUUUGAGUUCUUUCACAGACGGAGUUGAGUGUGACUUACCGUCAUAUUUUCAUGCCAAUGCACAUAUGUUAUUUAACGCGCAAUCUUAUUGAUGGAUAUGCGAUAGUGCACGUCCUGUACGCAUGAUUUGACCAAUGCAGAGAUGCUUUAUGUGCUACCUGCGACUAAUAUUUGAGUUACACUGAAAUCUUUGUGAAACACCCACUGGGCCUGUUACACAAAGCAGUCAGCGCUUGAUCGAGGGGGUUGACUUUUUUGUGCUCAAGUACAUUGAUCAUUCAUUAUGUGCAAUCAAGGUGUAUAGGGGCCAGUUGCAGCAAGACUUGCAUUUAAAUGCAAGUCAAAAAUCAAAGUCUCAAAUGCGCGCUGUUGAUUGGUUGAAAA